AUGAAAGUAAAAAAGUGUUCGGUAGAAGGGUGUGUUAGUACAAAACACACACCAAACAUUUCUUUUUUUGCUCCACCGAAAGCACUAUAUUUGCAAUGGAAAGAAGCUAUAAGCAAUGCAAAUUGUAAUGAAACAUUGGUGAAAUUUGUAUGUGCUGAUCAUUUUUUAUCCGAAGAUAUAAUUUCUAAUUAUUCAGGUCCACAGGAUAUUGCUGCAGAUGUUGGAUGUAGAAUAAAAUGCGGCCUAAAAAAAGGAACUAUUCCAACUAUUUUUGAUUUAAAAAACAAAACUAUAGGGAGAGGUAAGAGAUCAUUGUUAGAUCACAAUUAUGCCAAAUUGUAUGACCAAAGAUCAUGCCGUAAGGAAUUAUUCGAAGAAAAUGAAACUAAAGCAAUAAUUCAACCACAAAAUGUGUUACUAAAUGAAUUUGAUUUGGAUGGAGAGCCGCCCAAUAAAUGCAUAAAAAUACCUAAAGUGGACAAUGAUGAAUCAUUGUCAUUUGAAGCCCUUUUAAUCAAUUUUAAAAGAGUUAACUUACCUGAAGGAUGGACUACAUAUUCAAGUAAUACAGAAAUAGUAUUUUAUAAAUCAAAUUUUAUUGAUGGUCAAUUAAAAAUUGAAAAGCAAUUAGUAUUUAAAAAUACUUUGGAAAUUUGUUUUUACGUGUACCAAUUAUCUGUUGAUAUUGAUCAACAGAGCACUAAACUUGAAUUUCCAGUAAAUUUAAGAGAUAUAUCAAGGUUUAUUAAUGUAAUUGACUACAAACAAAUUUGUAGAGGUGGUCCAAACUUAAUGAAUUUUCCUGGGAUUUCUGUACGAACUGCAGUAUUGGAAAACAAUACACUAUGGCGUCAUAUAAAAUGUCCAAUUAUAAUGGAUAAUAUGAAAAAAAGAUGUCAAUCCUGUGAUUCUUUGAUUUGGUAUUUUCACAAACGUAAAUCAAGUUUAUCUAAAAUGGAGAGUCAGAAACCUUAUAUUGGAGGAACACUUACACCAAGAAGGCGUAGAGCUUUUAAAAUAAUUUUGAAGGAUAGAAAAAUAUUGAAAAAAACCAAUAUUAGACUGAGAACUAUCAUUGGCAAAUUAAACUUUGAUUUGGAAAAAGUGCAACAGAAAACCAAGAUUUUAUCUGAUGCAUCUAUAAAUGAGAUAAUGAGUUCAAAAAAUCUAAGUGCUCCUCAAUCAGUUUUAAUUCAAGAAAUAAUUAAAACUAGUAAAAAUCCAAAUAAAAAAAAUAGACGAUACUCUGAAGAUUGGAUUCUUUUAUGUAUUUUGUUAAAAAUCCGCUCAUCAUCAACUUAUGUAUUUCUAAGAGAACAAGACAUCUUACCUUUACCUUGUCCUCGCACAAUAAGAAAGUAUUUGUCACUAGUCAAAACAAAAUAUACAAGACCCUAUCUUGGUACACCAAAAAUAACUAUUGAUGACUUAAAAAAUGUCUUCAAUAAUGAUACAACAGAGCGUACUAAUAAAAUUAAUUUAUUAAAACAAAAAUUGGACAUGCUGGUUGUACAAGAAACUGAAAUUGAUAUUGUGUUUGAUACAAGUAUACACAGUUACUUUAAAGCUGAAACUAAGGACUGUGUUAUUUAUUACAUUUGUGGAUACAUAACUAAAAAUUACACCAAGCGCAUUACUUGUGAACUUUGCAGAAAAGCAUUAAUUGGUACCUUUUAA